AAAGCCAAACCGACCAUAAUUUUAACUACUCAUUGGUCUUUCGUUUUCAUUAGUCUUUCGUUUGUUUGUGGGUAUAACAUAGGAGUAGUGUGAUGAACACCCUAUUCUUUCAAAUUUCUACUUCAGUUUUACUAAAAUCAGUUCGUUCAAUUUCUUCUUCUUCUCACUCAUUACAUGGGAGUAUAUCUUGUUUCAAUUUACACUGGAAAAAGUGCGUUAAUUACCCCUAUAUUAAACCCAUUUACUUUGGGUCAGAUUCAUCUGUGUUGGCAAGGUUUAUUGAUUUUAAGUGCUAUACUACUAAGAAAAAAUCUACCCAGAAUCGAAAAUUAAACUCUGAGAUUGGUACAAUCGAGGGAGAUGAUAAGGAAAAGGAGGGGUUUUUUGUUGUUCGUAAAGGGGAUAUUGUUGGGGUUUACAAGAGUUUUAGUGAAUGCCAAGCACAAGUUGGAUCUUCGAUAUCCGACCCUCCAGUUAGUGUAUAUAAAGGAUUUCUUUUGCCUAAAGAUUCGGAGGAAUAUCUUGCUUCUCAUGGGUUUCAGAAUGCUUUCUAUACCAUCAAAGCUUCAGAUCUGAAAGAUGAUCUUUUUGGCAAACUUUUCCCUUGUCCUUUAGUGGAACCUGGAUCUUCUAGAACUGAAAUGUCCGUCACAGAAUUGCCACAGAAAAGGCCUCACGAUCUUCUAGAAGCAGGAAAUCAGGGGGCUAUUGAAUCACAGUCAAAUGCUUCUGACCCAUUGACCAAGCAGCAGAAGUUAAACCAUGUGCCUUCCGAUAGUGUGAGUAAGCGUUCCUGUAUCCUUCAUUUUGAUGGUGCUUCAAAAGGAAAUCCUGGUCCUGCUGGUGCCGGAGUUGUGCUUCGAACAUCUGAUGGAGCCUUGAUAUGUAGAAUUCGUCAAGGCUUGGGAGUUGCUACCUGUAAUGCUGCUGAAUAUCAUGCCGUUAUUUUAGGGUUAAAGAAAGCUCUGGAGAUGGGUUAUACAAGUAUCCAAGUGCUGGGUGACAGCAAACUUGUCUGCAUGCAGCUUCUGGGUUUAUAUAAAGUCAAUGAAAAGAUGUCUCCCUUCCAUGAAGAGACCUUGAAACUGAAGGAAAAGUUUUCUUCUUUCCAGAUCACUCAUGUUCUAAGGGAUUUGAACUCGGAUGCUGAUGCACAAGCAAACUUUGCUGUCUCUCUUGCUGCAAAGCUUCCGCUUUCUUCAUCCUCCGCCUAUGGUGCUGUUGCUGAUCUUGCUGCCGAUGACGAUGAUGACAAUCUUGACCUUGUUCGUAAGCCGCCAGUAACCGUUACUAAACCCGUGGUUCUACCCAAUGUUCUUCAACCACGUGUGGUUGUCUUUGACGGCGUUUGUCGUCUCUGUCAUUCUGGUGUGAAGCUGGUUAUAAAGGCUGAUAAGUACCAGAAAAUAAAGUUCUGCUGCCUUCAGUCUGAGACCGCUGAACCAUAUAUGAAACUCUGUGGUGUGGAAAGGGAGGAUGUGCUUCGCCGCUUUAUAUUCAUUGAAGGUCUAGGCCAAUAUCAUCAGGGUUCUACAGCUGCACUGAAAGUUCUAUCAUACUUGCCAUUCCCUUACUCAGCAUUGAGCUCUCUUUUGAUGAUUCCAACUCCAGCAAGAGAUGCCAUCUAUGACUACAUUGCUAAACGACGCUAUGAUAUAUGUGGAAAGGAGGAAAAAUGUCUUGUUUUGAAGGAACCAGAGAUGCUUGAAUGGUUUGUUGACAGGGAAGAACUUUUGAAGCAACUCCACUCGUGAUAUCUAGCUGUUCCUGCUCUGUGGAGUUGUGCCUUGUUUAUGUGCUACUAAAGUUGUCUUCCUUCGUAACUUAUCCAACUUGUAUAGGUUGUAAUUGUAAGUAAGAGUAACUUAAAAGGUAAUCAAGCAGUGGUGCAGAUUUUGUUUGUUGCUAAUGUGAGUAAAAUGCCUUGUAUAUAUUUGUUCACUAUUUGCCAAUGUCUAUUGCAUGAAAAAAUUGACUGGAAUACUUCUAGUAGAUGGGAACUUUGUAAGUGAAAAAAGAUGGAACUUAACAUUCUAUUGUGGUAUAGACUCUCAUCUAAGCUUCCA